ACGACCGGUGGGCUCAGUCUGCCACUGCUGCUGGAGUGGGGGGGCGGGGGGGCCCUCACACACACACACACACACACACACACACACACACACACACACACACACACACACACACACACACACACACACACACACACACACACACGCACACACACUCCACAGCCUGUGCUGCAUCAGGACGGACACACGGACUAGGGAUACUCUAGUGGAGAAGAAGAUAGUUGUGCCAUUAUGUUAAAAUGUUGUGCAUUGGACUUCUCCCUGCAUCUGCUUCAUGACCACGGCUCUUUUUGGCUAUGAGGAAGUAUUGAUGUGUACGAUGUCCAGCGUAGACCUGCAGGGUCACAUACCUCCACUUCUGUGACAUUACUACACCCGAGGAGUUAGAGUCCUCUUCCUCGUUGUCCUUCCAUCCCAGGCCCACCAUGGGAGGAUGCUUCUCCAAACCCAAACCAGUUGAAGUCAAAGUGGAACUAUCUCUGCUGGAAAAGGAAAAAGAGGUGGACGGCCUGUCACCUAAUGGCAAGGCGAGUCCCUUUGCGGACUGCAGGCCAAACGGGGCCCUGGGGCACAGCUCGGACGACGACUCCACCCCUCUCCAAGCGUACCACAAAUCACGGGACUACGUGGAGGCCUCCGUCUGCCAUGUCAAAGAUCUGGAAAAUGGACAGAUGCGAGAAGUUGACUUGGGAAGCGGCAGAGCCUUGUUGAUUAAACAACACGGCGAGUUCUCAGCAUUGGGCCACAAGUGUCCACACUACGGCGCACCUCUGGUCAAAGGUGUGCUGUCAAAGGGACACGUGCGUUGUCCCUGGCACGGCGCAUGUUUUAACAUCGCAACAGGCGAUAUAGAGGACUUCCCCGGUCUGGACUGCCUGCCCACCUUCCAGGUCAGAGUUGAAAAGGACAAGGUCAUCAUCCGGGCAAACAAGCAGGCUCUUCAGUCACAGAAAAGGUCGAAGGCCAUGGCCCGAUGUUCAGCAGUCAUUAACUCGAACACAUGCUUCACUCAUGUUCUAAUUAUUGGAUCAGGUCCAGCAGGUCUGGUGUGUGCGGAGACGCUGAGGCAAGAGGGCUUCACAGACCGCAUCGUCAUGUGCACCAUGGACAGACAUCCUCCUUAUGACAGGCCUAAACUGAGUAAGUCCCUAGAUAGCACAGCGGAACAGCUGAGGUUACGUUCCAUGGACUUUCUGCAGGACCAUGACAUUGAACUGCUCACAGAAAAGGAGGUGGUGGCAUUAGAUGUGAAGAUGCGCUGUGUGACCUUUGAGGACGGACUGAGGAUGGAAUACAGAAAACUCUUCAUCGCCACAGGAAACAAGCCCAAAGCUCUGAACUACAAUGGCAAAGAUGUCAGGAAUGUGUUUCAUGUUCGGACACCUGAGGACGCUAACAGCAUAGCCAGGCUGGCCAACAACAAAAACGCUGUGAUUGUAGGAACUUCUUUCGUUGGUAUGGAGGUGGCUGCAGCUCUGACAGACAAGGCCCACUCCGUCUCCAUCAUUGGGGUCGAGACAGUCCCGUUUAAAAAAGCUCUAGGGGAGAAAGUAGGGAAAGCCAUAAUGAAGCUCUUUGAAGUUAACAGAGUGAAGUUCUACAUGCUGAAUGAGGUGUCAGAGAUGAUUGGCCAUCAUGGACAGGGCUAUUCAACUGCCGGCCCGGGGGCCAAAUCCAGCCCAGAAACGACAUCAUUCCAGCCCCAGCUAAAGGAGGUGGUACUGAAGAGUGGCAAAGUCCUGCGAGCAGAUGUGUGCGUAGUUGGAGCAGGAUGUGUUCCUGCAACAAGUUUCUUGAAACAGAGCGGCGUUCACAUGGACUCAAAGGGCUUCAUCACUGUAAACAAGAUGAUGCAGACAAAUGUGGACAGUGUCUUUGCUGGGGGAGAUGUGGUGACCUUUCCUUUUCAACCACGCAACAACAAGAAGGUCAACAUCCCUCACUGGCAAAUGGCUCAUGUGCACGGAAGAGUAGCAGCUCUCAGCAUGAUGGGCAGAGUCACUGAGAUGAAAACGGUGCCUUACUUCUGGUCAGCCAUGUUUGGAAAGACCAUACGAUAUGCUGGUUAUGGUGACGGAUUUGAUGAUGUCAUCAUCCAAGGCGACCUGGAUGAAUUGAGAUUUGUCGCAUUUUACACCAGGGGAGAGGAGGUGGUUGCGGUCGCCAGCAUGAACUAUGAUCCCAUUGUGUCCCGAGUGGUUGAGGUCUUAGGAUCCGGAAAGACGAUUAAGAAACGAGAUGUGGAGACUGGAGACAUUUCCUGGUUGAUUGACAAGGGCUCCCAAUGACUUCACAUGUGCAGAGACCAGACGUGCACUCGACGUUUGGACACUAAAUGGUGCUGACACACAGGGCAGCUAUCCCGGUCCGCGGACUUUGACUGUUCAAGACAUUAAAACAUGUCGCUGACUGACUCUCUGACGUGAGAGAGAUUUUAGUCAGCAGGACGUCUUUGACCCAGGUUGUCAUGUUUCAUGACAAUAGUGGAUUCAGCUGCAAGAUGCCAUUUACAUGUUGCCACGGAUGGGCCUUGAUUAUUUUUUAUUAAUAAUACUGUAUAUAGCUUUAAUCCUGGAUGCACUGUAACUUAAUAGAAACAUAUUAUUUGAGAAGAUCCUUUUUUAUAUAGUAGAAAGAUGGCGUUCUUGUAUGGGGGUUAAUUUGUCUCUUUAUUACCAAAGCUUUUUUUUGACAAUGAAUUUAUGUCACUGAAUUUUUUGCGUUUGUGUGAACUGAAUUUUUUUGUACAUCAAAUUAUGCAGACAAUUUCAUUGAAUAAAAGUGUGAGCAAAAUGUGUAUUUAAAAAUUCAGUCUAUAUAAAUUGAAAAUUUAGUGCAAAAAGAUUCAGUGCAGGAAUAUUUGUUGCUUCAAAAUUCAAGACUCACUUCCGGUAAAUUAAGACUGAAGCAAUCGAUGUUGUAUCAGAACCAGCCAAUGAGGUGCCCAGGUAGUUGUUCACAUAGUGCGUAGAGCUGCAUAAACUUCUUCUUUGCCUUCGCAAGACCCGUGUCACAUGACUGCAAAUUUGACACCCCAUUGGCUGGUUCUAAUACACGACCGAUCGCUUCAAUUUUAAUUUAUCGGAAGUGGGUUGUGAAUUAUGAAUAUUUCUGCACUGAAAUUUUAUAAACACUGUAUUUCUACAAAAUUGAUUUUUAAACAAUAAUGCAUUUUGCUCACAUUUUUUCUUCAAUUGAAUACUCAGCAAUAUUUGAAGAGAUGGAUGUAAAAAAAAAUCAUUUCACAAAAUUCGAUCGCAUAAAAUUCAGUUACAUACAGUACAUUCAGUGUCAAAAAAAGCUUUGGUAAUAAAGACACAAAUUAACCUCCAUAUUUUUGUAUGAAGGCCUUAUAUUUGCAUGACACAUCUUUGUUUUUGCCUAGAAAUGCUCACAAGACACUUUAUUAAGUACACAUGCGUCCAAUAAAAGAUGUCAAAAAUAGCAGUGAAUCUCUAUGCAGGUGUACCUAAUGUUGUGGCUUAUGAGUGUAUGUCAAACACACACACACACACACACAUGCAGCUUUAAAGUGUACUAAAUAACCUUUAAAACAUUUAAAUAUACCUCUUUUUAUUGGCCGUCUUGCUAGUAGUUUGCACAAAUCAAGUUUGAUUCCUUUGAUUCCAUAUUAAUGCUUGCCUUCAACAUCAACACAAAAUGAUGACAUAAUGAAUGAUGCCAAUUGCUGGUAGCUGUCUCCUCCAUGGGGAUGUUUUUGUUACUAACUCAGGGAACUGAGGUUCGUAGCCUGCAUGGUUACCCUGUACUUCUCAAAAAGAAAAGAAUUUCUUGCUUUAAUAUAUUUUUUAUCAAAUUACUACUUCUUGGGUUCUGUCUGUAUAAACGAGAGGCAUUGGUGAUGUACGAUAGUCAAGUGUUCUUUCUACAAAGUCGGAGGGCUUUUUUAACUACAACUUUGAAAUAA